AUGGACGUUAGGUUUUACCCCUCAGCCCCCACGGCCGUGGGCUCCCUGCCCGGUGCCGACCCCACUUGCCUCGGCCCACUGGAUUAUUAUCACUGUAACAAGUUUGAUGGGGAGAACAUGUACAUGGGAAUGAACGACAGCGCCCAGGACUUCCUAUCGGCAAACCAGACAUACAAUGGCCAGAACGAGAGCAACGAAGACUAUGAGAUCCCUCCCAUAACGCCUCCGAACCUCCCUGACCCUUCCCUCCUGCACUUGGUGGACCACGAAACUGGAUAUCACUCUCUGUGCCACGGCCUCCCUCCAAACAGCCUGAUACCAGCCUAUCCCUACCAGAACAUGGACCUGCCAGCCAUCAUGGUCUCCAACAUGUUGAGUCAGGAUGGGCAUCUUCUCUCCAGCCAGCUCCCCACGAUCCAGGAGAUGGUCCACUCGGAGGCCACAUCCUACGAGUCCAACCGUCAAGUGCCCCUGAUCAAUCGCCCUGGGAUGUUAGCUGGCCCCAUGAGUGCCCUCAGCCAGUCACAGCUGAUUUCUCAGAUGGGCAUGAGGAGCAGUGUUGCCCACGGGUCUCCAUCACCCCCAGGAAGUAAGUCUGCUACACCAUCUCCCUCCAGCUCUACUCAGGAAGAGGAGACAGAGUCACACUAUAAGGUUACUGGAGAGAAAAGACCAUCAACAGACCUGGGCAAAAAGCCCAAAAGCCAAAAGAAGAAGAAGAAGAAGGACCCCAACGAGCCUCAGAAGCCUGUGUCAGCCUAUGCCCUGUUUUUCCGAGACACACAAGCGGCCAUCAAGGGGCAGAACCCCAACGCCACCUUUGGGGAUGUGUCAAAGAUCGUUGCAUCCAUGUGGGACAGUUUGGGGGAAGAACAAAAACAAGCAUACAAGAGGAAAACAGAAGCUGCCAAGAAGGAGUACCUGAAAGCCCUGGCAGCCUACAGGGCCAGCCUCGUCUCCAAGAGCUCUGCCGACCAGGGGGAAACCAAAAGUGCCCAGAGCAAUCCACCUUCCAAACUGCUCCCCCCCAAGCAGCCCAUGUACCCCAUGCCACCACAGGCUUCCUCACCCUACCCCGGCCUGGGAUCCUUCCUGUCCCCGUCAGACCUGCAGAACUACCGCGGCCACCCCCACCCCGGCCUCUCCCGGACCCUCACCUCCAAACCCCUGCUGCCCAGCAUCAGUGCCUCCCCACCACCCUCCUUCCAGAUCAGUCCCCCCCUCCACCAGCAGCUCUCCUUGCACCACCCGCAGAGCUCCCUCCUCAGCCAGCCCCUCAGCAUGCAGCAGGUCCCCCAGCAGCCCCUCCUGUCCCCCCCCAUGGCACUACAGGUACAGCCCCCCAUGAACGCCUCGCCUCCCGGGCAGCAGGACUUCUCGCAUAUCUCCUCUGAGUUUCAGAACAGUGUUGGGCCCCGUUCGCCUGGUGCGUCAAACCCUCCAGGAAGCACUGAGUGGGACAACGACUACCCCAGCAGGGAGUGUGGCAUUAACCACUGCAGCAUGCUGCCAAGGGACAAGGCACUCUACCUCACCUAA